UCACAUAUCCCUCACAACGCGAAAACAUUUUUGUGACCAUGGCACGAAUUGUACAAGACUACGUAUGGCUUUAGGGACGAGGAGGUGGUAGUGAAUGUGUUCGUUCAAUGCAGAUUCAAAAUGGCGUCAGGACCAACAUGACCUUUAUGUCCUAAUCUAAUGGAGUAAGGACUAAGGACAGGUUGGAGGUCAAAAGACAAAUCAGGAUGAACGGAGAAGUGAGUGACAUACAUGACAUCAAAUUGAAAAUCCGAGAACUGAAUCAGCACAUCGUGUGUAUCCUGUGUGCUGGCUACUUCAUUGAUGCAACGACUGUGACAGAGUGCUUGCAUACCUUUUGUAAGAGCUGCAUAGUAAAGUACCUCCAGACUUCCAAGUUUUGUCCUAUGUGCAAUCUGAAGAUUCAUGAAACUCAACCCGUGUUGAACCUUCGGCCCGAUCGGACCAUGCAGGAUGUCGUGCUGAAAUUGGUGCCAAAGCUUUUUGAAAAGGAAGAGCUGAGAAAGAUGGAUUUCUACAAGUCACGAGGAUUGGACAAGGUGCAGAGUAAAGUCCAGCAAAAGUCUUUCAGCGGCAAGCUUGACCCGACUAGAGGUCACUUCUAUAAGAAUGAUGAACAAGUCUCGUUGUGCCUUGAAUAUUAUGGGAAUGGACCAAGCCAAAUUGAUGAGGAUAUUGGUAUCGUACAGCUAGACAAGAAAUACAUCCGAUGCUCCGUAAGAACGUGUGUGUGCCAUUUACAGAAGCUGUUAUUGAAGAAGCUUGAUGUUUCAAAAGAGUCCGAGGUAUUGCUUUACUGUGAAGAUGAAGAACUUUAUGAAGAUGACCCUAUGAAGUAUGUCUGGUUAUCACACUGGAAAGGAAAGGCAGCUCCAAUGGUUCUGAAAUACCAAAUCAUCUCUGGAUCAAGCUCUCAGAAUGGGGUACUCUGAGCACCUUAGCCCCACGUCCAUCAUGUGUUGCUCACCAAUGCUUCCUUUAUUCGCCCGUCCUGCAAAUGUUUGGAGUCCUUUCCAACACCACAUCGUAACACCAAAACUCCAUCAGCAUUAUUCAGGUGCUUGUGUCAGAUGUUUGGGAUACAGUGCUGUUCAAUUCUUCUUGGAAUACUGACUUCAACACCAACUGUGUUGGAAUGACAACUCAGCUGGGCAUGCCUCUGGUGUUGUAAUUUACUUCAUUAACACCAUCACAAGGUUUCUCUUGCCUUGCUUUGCUCUAUAUAAGGCAUAUCACCGAUUGCUUUGUUAAAACUCGUCAUAUAUUCUAAUCUGGUGCUAAUGUUUUAUAAUCAAGCAUCACACAACCAUCAAGCAUCUCAGGUCAAACCUGGUUGUGGCAUCUUUGCACAUCUCUGAAGCGGGCAGCUCAAAAACCAAGCCUGGAAAACUUUCGUGAAAUGUGACCCAAAGACAGAUUACUUUGCAAGACAACAAGGGCAGGAUGGUUCAUCAAAAAAUUAAUUUCCAUCAGCACUUCCAAUCCAUGCGCAACUGCUUAUCAUACUCUGACACAGCAACAGUUGUGCAUGUGACCAAAGAUGCUAAAAUGGGUUACUCAUAAUCGCAAAGAAAUGAUUCUAGUGGAUGAAUUGGCAGUAUGACUGGACUUGCAGGAUCAUGUGACCAGACGUGCCGAAUCAUGUGACCGGACGUGCAGAAUCAUGUGACCGGACGUGCAGAAUCAUAUGACUGGACUUGCAGCAUCAUGUGAACAAACUUUUUUUCCUUUGCUGGAACAUCUCAAACAUCACCAUUGCUUCCUUCUUUGUUGCCCAUGGCUUGCUGAACUUUCCUCUUCCAUCCUUUGAUUGCCAUUGCAUGAACCAUAAAUGCCAAUCUGGAAAGGAAAAUCAUUUUUUUUCUGAUUUCUUCCUCGAAGAGAGCUACAUUUAUUGGCUACAAGCUCAUCAUAUCAUUUUGUUGUGUUUGAUUGGAAGUGGUUCCUGUGAAAACAAAUCUCUGACUUAAUACAUGUUGAUUAUAUGUUUGGAAGUUUUAUCAAGUCUGGUUUAUCAUUACAUUGCUUAAAGGGGUACUCUAGGCUGAAAAUAAAUGUGAUUUGAACAGAUAAACAGAAAUAAAUGUGAUUUGAACAGUGGUGCCAAGCGUCAUCGCAAGGUUCUACGAGACAACAUCCAAGGUAUCAAGAAGAUGAACAGAAAAUUGAGACAAACAAAACCCUAAA